AUGGAGCCACAGCCUAAGAAGAGCCACACUCGGCUGAGCUCGCUGUUCAGACGAAAGACAGUUGUCGAAGAGAGACAAGAACCAGCUGCUAUCAUUGAGGAGGCAUGGGCACCUGUCCGUGUCCGUUCUCCGCCGAUCCAGGCACCAGUCCUACAAUAUCCAGCAUACAUUGCACAGUACCAGAUGAACAGUCAACCGCAAUCACCUCAAAGUCCACAGAGUUUAGUUGCUGGACCGGGACAUUAUCGUCCUUAUCCAGAGCCAGCGAAAGCUCACUUUGCUCCUCCUGGAUCGUUGGUGUCUCAGAUCCCAGAGAGGGAGCAAGAAGCGAAGAUGAAUUUAGAGAGAGGCCUGGGGAUUCACUCACCACCUUCUCCAGCGAAGACACCUCGGGAUGUGGGCAUGUCUUCACCUACAGCCGAGGCGGGACCAUCAAAUUCGGUCAAAAGCCCACCGGGAGGUGACGUUACGCCUACGAGUCCCUCGGCCGCGAGUGUCAUUUCCACCAUCCCACAAUCAGCCAGACCGAGCAUGGUCUCAACGAUUGACUCUCCUACCAAGCAAAGAUACGAAUAUUGGCCAAUUGAGACCGGUUCCAUCAGACUCGUCAGGAUCCUGCCAGGUCACUGCACAACGAUCGAAUGUGAAGUUAUCCAAGCACCUCUUGAUAAUGCCCCACAGUACGUUGCUGUAUCAUACACAUGGGGUGAUGUGGGAGACACAAAAAAGAUUGACAUUGAAGGAUCUCGUGUUCCCAUUACUGUUAGCCUCUACGGCGCGUUAAAGGCUCUUCGGCAGAAGCAAUCGUCAGUCCUAGUUUGGGCUGAUGCGUUGUGUAUUGAUCAGAAGAACACAGACGAGAGAAGCCAACAGGUUCAGUUGAUGCCUCAGAUAUACUCAAAUGCAGCAUUUGUAGCAAUAUGGCUUGGCCCGGAGGAGAAUGACAGCUCAAGGGCCGUGAAGCUCUUAGAAAGACUUUCCCUGCCCACCGACCACUUUGUCACAGGCGCAGAUGUAUCUGAAACAUUGGCAGAUGCCGCUGCGAAUGGAGACCUCCUGGCCACAGUAUCGCUUUUUGGAAGACCUUACUGGAAACGACUUUGGGUCACACAAGAAGUAUUUAACGCGAAACGUAUCGCUGUUCACUGCGGGGAUACUUUUCUUCCUUGGCAAGCAUACAAGACUGCAUCUCAAUAUUUCCGUCGCCAUCAUGCAGAACUUGAUUUCAAGGCCAAGGGUCCUGAUAAGAGACGUCCCGACCACUUUACCUGUGUUCAGACUCUCAUACACGAGGGACCAGCUUGUAUUCCGACUCUCAAGCCUCAAACUCUAAAGGGAGAAAACGCUCUUCUUGAAGUCUUGAGGGCGUCUCGAAGUCAACUGUCUUCUGAUCCAAGAGACAAACUGUACGGCAUUCUUGGCGUUUUGCCUUCUCAUAUAAGAGAUGGACUCCGAGUUGAUUAUGACCUGUCCACCAAGGAUGUCUACACAGAAAUUGUCGAGUUUCUGAUCCAGACAACAGAUAGCCUGGACGUCAUCUGCGAGUCAAUGCACUUUCCUCCCAACAACAGGUCUCCCAAUCUACCGUCUUUUGUUCCAGACUGGUCAUACAUACCACUUACAUCAGCAAUGGGCCACAGAUACAGCUUCCAGGCAUCAGGCGCUACAAAAGCUAUCUGUAACUUCCACGGCGAGCGUAUGAACAAACUUGAAAUUUCUGGUAUACCGAUUGACAUUGUUCAGACGAAGGGUAUGGUUGUAGCAAAUCUCUUCCAGGAGCGUCUGCCAUAUAUUCCACUGGACGCCACAUUACAAGCUCAUCUUAAAAUCACGACCGACAUCAGACCCGAGGCGCGAAGAAACUUCUUGCAAACAAACAUUGGCGAUCGAAUGCUGGGAAGAACAUUCUGUCUUACCCAAAACAAGAGACUUGGUGUUGGAUCUGGAGCCAUGCUGCCGGGUGAUGUGGUUGUUGUGCCGCUUGGUUGCUCGACGCCUGUGGUGCUUAGACCGGAGGGAACGCAGGGAGAGUUUAGGUACAUUGGAGAUGUUUAUAUUGAGAGUUAUAUGUACGGCAAGGCGAUUGAACAGUGGCAGGCUGGGCUGAGACCGUUGAAGAAGUAUGUUCUUCAUUAA